AUGUCUACUAUUAUGGAAAACAUCAUUGCCAUCAUCGAAGUUUUCCAGGAAUACUCAAGAAAAGAUGACAACAAUGAGACAAUGAGCAAAAGAGAGCUGCAGGAACUUCUAGAAAUAGAGUUUCAGCCAAUUCUGCAGAAUCCAGAUGAUCCAGAUACUGCUGAAAUCUUCAUGCAAAUCCUAGAUUUAGACCACAACAAGAAACUAGACUUCACUGAGUUUUUUCUGAUGGUAUUCAGGGUGGCUCAAGCAUGUUAUGAGUCAAUCAUGAGACAGAAUACCAAACGACAAACAACAAAGCAAAAAAAGCAUGAUCACCACAAUGGAGAUGAGGAAGAAGAAAUACAUGAAGAUGAGGAAGAAGGAGAAAAGAAAAGGAAAUCUAGCCCUUCAACAAGGCAUGAUAGGAAGGAAAAUAAGGAAAGAUGCAAGAGUCCAAGAGGAAGAGAGAAAACUACAGGGUUGUGGUCACAAGGAUUUGAGCCUCUUCACUACCAAAUAUCCAACCAUGGAAAAUCUGACCCUGUCCAUGGACAUUCACGAUCCCAGGCCACAGGAAGACAAGGAUCAAGUCACGGAGAGUCUGCCGACACCUCAAGACACUCAGGCUCUCAUCGCGGGAAUACAUCCUCUCAUGAACACGCUGGAGAUUUCCAUGGAUGGUCAGGAUCAACCACAAGGCAAGGAGCAGGUUCCCGCCAGGAGCACUCGGCAGACACUUCCAGACAUUCAGUGUCUGGACACGGACAACCAUCAGGGGGAUCCACCGUGGGCAGACAUGGGGGAUACAGUAUCGGUCAACACAGCGACAGCGAGGGACAGUCAGAAGAUUCACAGACACAAGCUGGGUCUGGGUCAACAAACAAUCACGGAUCUGCCCGUUUCCACUCAAGGGACAUCUCUACACACUCAGGCUCUCGUGAAGGGCACAGGGCCAAUCAUCCUCACUCUGAUGCAGCCACGGGAAGCCUGGGAUCCGGCCCAGGAAGAAGACAAGGAUCUAGGCAUGGGCAGUCAGUAGACGCCUCUGGACAUUCAGGGUCUCAUCACGGAGAUCCAUCCCAUCACGAACAUGCUGAAUCUUCCCAAGCUUCAUCAAGGUCAAGCCCAAGAGGAAAGCCAGGAUCUUCCCAACAGCAGGCAGCAGACACUUCUAGACAUUCAUCAUAUGGAUAUGGACACUCAUCACGGGGAUCCGAUGUCAGCAGGCAUCAGGGAUCUCAUGGUAGUCCGGAACGUGACAGUGGGGGAGAGAGAAGAGACUUCCAGAGACAAUCUGGAUCUGGGUCACAGCACCAACAUGGAUCCACCCAUGGCCAUUCAGGAGAAAGCUCUAGACAUUCAGGGUCUGGACAUGGACAAUCAUCAUCCCCAUCCAAGUCCAGCAGGCAUUGGGGAUCCAGUAUAAGUGAGGAAAGUGACAGCGAAGGACAAUCAGAAGGUUCAGGCAGACAACCAGUGUCAACCCAUGGAAGGCCUGGGUCCUCUUCAAGAAAACAGGACGGAUCCACCCAUGAGCAGUCAGCACACAGCUCUACGCACUCAGGAUGGCCUCAAAGCCAGGCACCCACACACGGGCAUGCUGGUUCUGCCCAUGGACAUGGAGGCUCCAGCAAAAGAGAAAUACAAGGUGGGCACCGUGAGCAAUCAAAUGACAGCUCCAGACACUCAGGGACAGGACAGGGACAAACCUCAUCUGCAUCCAGUAACAGCAGACAUCAUGGAUCCAGUACUGGGCAGGACAGUGACACUGAAGGGCAAUCACGGCCCUCAGAAAGUCAGUCGGCAUCAACCCACACAUCGUCUGGCUCCAGUAACAGAAACCAACAUGGAUCCGCACGUGGCCAGUCAGGGGAAUUGCCCAGAAACUACCAGACAGCGGCCAAUGGAAAGUCUGACUCUGUCCAUGGACAUUCAGGAUCCCAGGCCACAGGAAGACAAGGAUCAAGUCACGGAGAGUCUGCCGACACCUCAAGACACUCAGGCUCUCAUCGCGGGAAUACAUCCUCUCAUGAACACGCUGGAGAUUUCCAUGGAUGGUCAGGAUCAAGCACAAGGCAAGGAGCAGGUUCCCGCCAGGAGCACUCGGCAGACACUUCCAGACAUUCAGUGUCUGGACACGGACAACCAUCAGGGGGAUCCACCGUGGGCAGACAUGGGGGAUACAGUAUCGGUCAACACAGCGACAGCGAGGGACAGUCAGAAGAUUCACAGACACAAGCUGGGUCUGGGUCAACAAACAAUCACGGAUCUGCCCGUUUCCACUCAAGGGACAUCUCUACACACUCAGGCUCUCGUGAAGGGCACAGGGCCAAUCAUCCUCACUCUGAUGCAGCCACGGGAAGCCUGGGAUCCGGCCCAGGAAGAAGACAAGGAUCUAGGCAUGGGCAGUCAGUAGACGCCUCUGGACAUUCAGGGUCUCAUCACGGAGAUCCAUCCCAUCACGAACAUGCUGAAUCUUCCCAAGCUUCAUCAAGGUCAAGCCCAAGAGGAAAGCCAGGAUCUUCCCAACAGCAGGCAGCAGACACUUCUAGACAUUCAUCAUAUGGAUAUGGACACUCAUCACGGGGAUCCGAUGUCAGCAGGCAUCAGGGAUCUCAUGGUAGUCUGGAACGUGACAGUGAGGGAGAGAGAAGAGACUUCCAGAGACAAUCUGGAUCUGGGUCACAGCACCAACAUGGAUCCACCCAUGGCCAUUCAGGAGAAAGCUCUAGACAUUCAGGGUCUGGACAUGGACAAUCAUCAUCCCCAUCCAAGUCCAGCAGGCAUUGGGGAUCCAGUAUAAGUGAGGAAAGUGACAGCGAAGGACAAUCAGAAGGUUCAGGCAGACAACCAGUGUCAACCCAUGGAAGGCCUGGGUCCUCUUCAAGAAAACAGCACGGAUCCACCCAUGAGCAGUCAGCACACAGCUCUACGCACUCAGGAUGGCCUCAAAGCCAGGCACCCACACACGGGCAUGCUGGUUCUGCCCAUGGACAUGGAGGCUCCAGCAAAAGAGAAAUACAAGGUGGGCACCGUGAGCAAUCAAAUGACAGCUCCAGACACUCAGGGACAGGACAGGGACAAACCUCAUCUGCAUCCAGUAACAGCAGACAUCAUGGAUCCAGUACUGGGCAGGACAGUGACACUGAAGGGCAAUCACGGCCCUCAGAAAGUCAGUCGGCAUCAACCCACACAUCUUCUGGCUCCAGUAACAGAAACCAACAUGGAUCCGCACGUGGCCAGUCAGGGGAAUUGCCCAGAAACUACCAGACAGCGGCCAAUGGAAAGUCUGACUAUGUCCAUGGACAUUCAGGAUCCCAGGCCACAGGAAGACAAGGAUCAAGUCACGGAGAGUCUGCCGACACCUCAAGACACUCAGGCUCUCAUCGCGGGAAUACAUCCUCUCAUGAACACGCUGGAGAUUUCCAUGGAUGGUCAGGAUCAAGCACAAGGCAAGGAGCAGGUUCCCGCCAGGAGCACUCGGCAGACACUUCCAGACAUUCAGUGUCUGGACACGGACAACCAUCAGGGGGAUCCACCGUGGGCAGACAUGGGGGAUACAGUAUCGGUCAACACAGCGACAGCGAGGGACAGUCAGAAGAUUCACAGACACAAGCUGGGUCUGGGUCAACAAACAAUCACGGAUCUGCCCGUUUCCACUCAAGGGACAUCUCUACACACUCAGGCUCUCGUGAAGGGCACAGGGCCAAUCAUCCUCACUCUGAUGCAGCCACGGGAAGCCUGGGAUCCGGCCCAGGAAGAAGACAAGGAUCUAGGCAUGGGCAGUCAGUAGACGCCUCUGGACAUUCAGGGUCUCAUCACGGAGAUCCAUCCCAUCACGAACAUGCUGAAUCUUCCCAAGCUUCAUCAAGGUCAAGCCCAAGAGGAAAGCCAGGAUCUUCCCAACAGCAGGCAGCAGACACUUCUAGACAUUCAUCAUAUGGAUAUGGACAAUCAUCAUCCCCAUCCAAGUCCAGCAGGCAUUGGGGAUCCAGUAUAAGUGAGGAAAGUGACAGCGAAGGACAAUCAGAAGGUUCAGGCAGACAACCAGUGUCAACCCAUGGAAGGCCUGGGUCCUCUUCAAGAAAACAGCACGGAUCCACCCAUGAGCAGUCAGCACACAGCUCUACGCACUCAGGAUGGCCUCAAAGCCAGGCACCCACACACGGGCAUGCUGGUUCUGCCCAUGGACAUGGAGGCUCCAGCAAAAGAGAAAUACAAGGUGGGCACCGUGAGCAAUCAAAUGACAGCUCCAGACACUCAGGGACAGGACAGGGACAAACCUCAUCUGCAUCCAGUAACAGCAGACAUCAUGGAUCCAGUACUGGGCAGGACAGUGACACUGAAGGGCAAUCACGGCCCUCAGAAAGUCAGUCAGCAUCAACCCACACAUCAUCUGGCUCCAGUAACAGAAACCAACAUGGAUCCGCACGUGGCCAGUCAGGGGAAUUGCCCAGAAACUACCAGACAGCGGCCAAUGGAAAGUCUGACUCUGUCCAUGGACAUUCAGGAUCCCAGGCCACAGGAAGACAAGGAUCAAGUCACGGAGAGUCUGCCGACACCUCAAGACACUCAGGCUCUCAUCGCGGGAAUACAUCCUCUCAUGAACACGCUGGAGAUUUCCAUGGAUGGUCAGGAUCAACCACAAGGCAAGGAGCAGGUUCCCGCCAGGAGCACUCGGCAGACACUUCCAGACAUUCAGUGUCUGGACACGGACAACCAUCAGGGGGAUCCACCGUGGGCAGACAUGGGGGAUACAGUAUCGGUCAACACAGCGACAGCGAGGGACAGUCAGAAGAUUCACAGACACAAGCUGGGUCUGGGUCAACAAACAAUCACGGAUCUGCCCGUUUCCACUCAAGGGACAUCUCUACACACUCAGGCUCUCGAAGAAGACAAGGAUCUAGGCAUGGGCAGUCAGUAGACGCCUCUGGACAUUCAGGGUCUCAUCACGGAGAUCCAUCCCAUCACGAACAUGCUGAAUCUUCCCAAGCUUCAUCAAGGUCAAGCCCAAGAGGAAAGCCAGGAUCUUCCCAACAGCAGGCAGCAGACACUUCUAGACAUUCAUCAUAUGGAUAUGGACACUCAUCACGGGGAUCCGAUGUCAGCAGGCAUCAGGGAUCUCAUGGUAGUCCGGAACGUGACAGUGAGGGAGAGAGAAGAGACUUCCAGAGACAAUCUGGAUCUGGGUCACAGCACCAACAUGGAUCCACCCAUGGCCAUUCAGGAGAAAGCUCUAGACAUUCAGGGUCUGGACAUGGACAAUCAUCAUCCCCAUCCAAGUCCAGCAGGCAUUGGGGAUCCAGUAUAAGUGAGGAAAGUGACAGCGAAGGACAAUCAGAAGGUUCAGGCAGACAACCAGUGUCAACCCAUGGAAGGCCUGGGUCCUCUUCAAGAAAACAGCACGGAUCCACCCAUGAGCAGUCAGCACACAGCUCUACGCACUCAGGAUGGCCUCAAAGCCAGGCACCCACACACGGGCAUGCUGGUUCUGCCCAUGGACAUGGAGGCUCCAGCAAAAGAGAAAUACAAGGUGGGCACCGUAAGCAAUCAAAUGACAGCUCCAGACACUCAGGGACAGGACAGGGACAAACCUCAUCUGCAUCCAGUAACAGCAGACAUCAUGGAUCCAGUACUGGGCAGGACAGUGACACUGAAGGGCAAUCACGGCCCUCAGAAAGUCAGUCGGCAUCAACCCACACAUCGUCUGGCUCCAGUAACAGAAACCAACAUGGAUCCGCACGUGGCCAGUCAGGGGAAUUGCCCAGAAACUACCAGACAGCGGCCAAUGGAAAGUCUGACUCUGUCCAUGGACAUUCAGGAUCCCAGGCCACAGGAAGACAAGGAUCAAGUCACGGAGAGUCUGCCGACACCUCAAGACACUCAGGCUCUCAUCGCGGGAAUACAUCCUCUCAUGAACACGCUGGAGAUUUCCAUGGAUGGUCAGGAUCAAGCACAAGGCAAGGAGCAGGUUCCCGCCAGGAGCACUCGGCAGACACUUCCAGACAUUCAGUGUCUGGACACGGACAACCAUCAGGGGGAUCCACCGUGGGCAGACAUGGGGGAUACAGUAUCGGUCAACACAGCGACAGCGAGGGACAGUCAGAAGAUUCACAGACACAAGCUGGGUCUGGGUCAACAAACAAUCACGGAUCUGCCCGUUUCCACUCAAGGGACAUCUCUACACACUCAGGCUCUCGUGAAGGGCACAGGGCCAAUCAUCCUCACUCUGAUGCAGCCACGGGAAGCCUGGGAUCCGGCCCAGGAAGAAGACAAGGAUCUAGGCAUGGGCAGUCAGUAGACGCCUCUGGACAUUCAGGGUCUCAUCACGGAGAUCCAUCCCAUCACGAACAUGCUGAAUCUUCCCAAGCUUCAUCAAGGUCAAGCCCCAGAGGAAAGCCAGGAUCUUCCCAACAGCAGGCAGCAGACACUUCUAGACAUUCAUCAUAUGGAUAUGGACACUCAUCACGGGGAUCCGAUGUCAGCAGGCAUCAGGGAUCUCAUGGUAGUCCGGAACGUGACAGUGAGGGAGAGAGAAGAGACUUCCAGAGACAAUCUGGAUCUGGGUCACAGCACCAACAUGGAUCCACCCAUGGCCAUUCAGGAGAAAGCUCUAGACAUUCAGGGUCUGGACAUGGACAAUCAUCAUCCCCAUCCAAGUCCAGCAGGCAUUGGGGAUCCAGUAUAAGUGAGGAAAGUGACAGCGAAGGACAAUCAGAAGGUUCAGGCAGACAACCAGUGUCAACCCAUGGAAGGCCUGGGUCCUCUUCAAGAAAACAGCACGGAUCCACCCAUGAGCAGUCAGCACACAGCUCUACGCACUCAGGAUGGCCUCAAAGCCAGGCACCCACACACGGGCAUGCUGGUUCUGCCCAUGGACAUGGAGGCUCCAGCAAAAGAGAAAUACAAGGUGGGCACUGUGAGCAAUCAAAUGACAGCUCCAGACACUCACGGACAGGACAGGGACAAACCUCAUCUGCAUCCAGUAACAGCAGACAUCAUGGAUCCAGUACUGGGCAGGACAGUGACACUGAAGGGCAAUCACGGCCCUCAGAAAGUCAGUCGGCAUCAACCCACACAUCGUCUGGCUCCAGUAACAGAAACCAACAUGGAUCCGCACGUGGCCAGUCAGGGGAAUUGCCCAGAAACUACCAGACAGCGGCCAAUGGAAAGUCUGACUCUGUCCAUGGACAUUCAGGAUCCCAGGCCACAGGAAGACAAGGAUCAAGUCACGGAGAGUCUGCCGACACCUCAAGACACUCAGGCUCUCAUCGCGGGAAUACAUCCUCUCAUGAACACGCUGGAGAUUUCCAUGGAUGGUCAGGAUCAAGCACAAGGCAAGGAGCAGGUUCCCGCCAGGAGCACUCGGCAGACACUUCCAGACAUUCAGUGUCUGGACACGGACAACCAUCAGGGGGAUCCACCGUGGGCAGACAUGGGGGAUACAGUAUCGGUCAACACAGCGACAGCGAGGGACAGUCAGAAGAUUCACAGACACAAGCUGGGUCUGGGUCAACAAACAAUCACGGAUCUGCCCGUUUCCACUCAAGGGACAUCUCUACACACUCAGGCUCUCGUGAAGGGCACAGGGCCAAUCAUCCUCACUCUGAUGCAGCCACGGGAAGCCUGGGAUCCGGCCCAGGAAGAAGACAAGGAUCUAGGCAUGGGCAGUCAGUAGACGCCUCUGGACAUUCAGGGUCUCAUCACGGAGAUCCAUCCCAUCACGAACAUGCUGAAUCUUCCCAAGCUUCAUCAAGGUCAAGCCCCAGAGGAAAGCCAGGAUCUUUCCAACAGCAGGCAGCAGACACUUCUAGACAUUCAUCAUAUGGAUAUGGACACUCAUCACGGGGAUCCGAUGUCAGCAGGCAUCAGGGAUCUCAUGGUAGUCCGGAACGUGACAGUGAGGGAGAGAGAAGAGACUUCCAGAGACAAUCUGGAUCUGGGUCACAGCACCAACAUGGAUCCACCCAUGGCCAUUCAGGAGAAAGCUCUAGACAUUCAGGGUCUGGACAUGGACAAUCAUCAUCCCCAUCCAAGUCCAGCAGGCAUUGGGGAUCCAGUAUAAGUGAGGAAAGUGACAGCGAAGGACAAUCAGAAGGUUCAGGCAGACAACCAGUGUCAACCCAUGGAAGGCCUGGGUCAUCUUCAAGAAAACAGCACGGAUCCACCCAUGAGCAGUCAGCACACAGCUCUACGCACUCAGGAUGGCCUCAAAGCCAGGCACCCACACACGGGCAUGCUGGUUCUGCCCAUGGACAUGGAGGCUCCAGCAAAAGAGAAAUACAAGGUGGGCACCGUGAGCAAUCAAAUGACAGCUCCAGACACUCACGGACAGGACAGGGACAAACCUCAUCUGCAUCCAGUAACAGCAGACAUCAUGGAUCCAGUACUGGGCAGGACAGUGACACUGAAGGGCAAUCACGGCCCUCAGAAAGUCAGUCGGCAUCAACCCACACAUCGUCUGGCUCCAGUAACAGAAACCAACAUGGAUCCGCACGUGGCCAGUCAGGGGAAUUGCCCAGAAACUACCAGACAGCGGCCAAUGGAAAGUCUGACUCUGUCCAUGGACAUUCAGGAUCCCAGGCCACAGGAAGACAAGGAUCAAGUCACGGAGAGUCUGCCGACACCUCAAGACACUCAGGCUCUCAUCGCGGGAAUACAUCCUCUCAUGAACACGCUGGAGAUUUCCAUGGAUGGUCAGGAUCAAGCACAAGGCAAGGAGCAGGUUCCCGCCAGGAGCACUCGGCAGACACUUCCAGACAUUCAGUGUCUGGACACGGACAACCAUCAGGGGGAUCCACCGUGGGCAGACAUGGGGGAUACAGUAUCGGUCAACACAGCGACAGCGAGGGACAGUCAGAAGAUUCACAGACACAAGCUGGGUCUGGGUCAACAAACAAUCACGGAUCUGCCCGUUUCCACUCAAGGGACAUCUCUACACACUCAGGCUCUCGUGAAGGGCUCAGGGCCAAUCAUCCUCACUCUGAUGCAGCCACGGGAAGCCUGGGAUCCGGCCCAGGAAGAAGACAAGGAUCUAGGCAUGGGCAGUCAGUAGACGCCUCUGGACAUUCAGGGUCUCAUCACGGAGAUCCAUCCCAUCACGAACAUGCUGAAUCUUCCCAAGCUUCAUCAAGGUCAAGCCCAAGAGGAAAGCCAGGAUCUUCCCAACAGCAGGCAGCAGACACUUCUAGACAUUCAUCAUAUGGAUAUGGACACUCAUCACGGGGAUCCGAUGUCAGCAGGCAUCAGGGAUCUCAUGGUAGUCCGGAACGUGACAGUGAGGGAGAGAGAAGAGACUUCCAGAGACAAUCUGGAUCUGGGUCACAGCACCAACAUGGAUCCACCCAUGGCCAUUCAGGAGAAAGCUCUAGACAUUCAGGGUCUGGACAUGGACAAUCAUCAUCCCCAUCCAAGUCCAGCAGGCAUUGGGGAUCCAGUAUAAGUGAGGAAAGUGACAGCGAAGGACAAUCAGAAGGUUCAGGCAGACAACCAGUGUCAACCCAUGGAAGGCCUGGGUCCUCUUCAAGAAAACAGCACGGAUCCACCCAUGAGCAGUCAGCACACAGCUCUACGCACUCAGGAUGGCCUCAAAGCCAGGCACCCACACACGGGCAUGCUGGUUCUGCCCAUGGACAUGGAGGCUCCAGCAAAAGAGAAAUACAAGGUGGGCACCGUGAGCAAUCAAAUGACAGCUCCAGACACUCAGGGACAGGACAGGGACAAACCUCAUCUGCAUCCAGUAACAGCAGACAUCAUGGAUCUAGUACUGGGCAGGACAGUGACACUGAAGGGCAAUCACGGCCCUCAGAAAGUCAGUCGGCAUCAACCCACACAUCAUCUGGCUCCAGUAACAGAAACCAACAUGGAUCCGCACGUGGCCAGUCAGGGGAAUUGCCCAGAAACUACCAGACAGCGGCCAAUGGAAAGUCUGACUCUGUCCAUGGACAUUCAGGAUCCCAGGCCACAGGAAGACAAGGAUCAAGUCACGGAGAGUCUGCCGACACCUCAAGACACUCAGGCUCUCAUCGCGGGAAUACAUCCUCUCAUGAACACGCUGGAGAUUUCCAUGGAUGGUCAGGAUCAAGCACAAGGCAAGGAGCAGGUUCCCGCCAGGAGCACUCGGCAGACACUUCCAGACAUUCAGUGUCUGGACACGGACAACCAUCAGGGGGAUCCACCGUGGGCAGACAUGGGGGAUACAGUAUCGGUCAACACAGCGACAGCGAGGGACAGUCAGAAGAUUCACAGACACAAGCUGGGUCUGGGUCAACAAACAAUCACGGAUCUGCCCGUUUCCACUCAAGGGACAUCUCUACACACUCAGGUUCUCGUGAAGGGCUCAGGGCCAAUCAUCCUCACUCUGAUGCAGCCACGGGAAGCCUGGGAUCCGGCCCAGGAAGAAGACAAGGAUCUAGGCAUGGGCAGUCAGUAGACGCCUCUGGACAUUCAGGGUCUCAUCACGGAGAUCCAUCCCAUCACGAACAUGCUGAAUCUUCCCAAGCUUCAUCAAGGUCAAGCCCAAGAGGAAAGCCAGGAUCUUCCCAACAGCAGGCAGCAGACACUUCUAGACAUUCAUCAUAUGGAUAUGGACACUCAUCACGGGGAUCCGAUGUCAGCAGGCAUCAGGGAUCUCAUGGUAGUCCGGAACGUGACAGUGAGGGAGAGAGAAGAGACUUCCAGAGACAAUCUGGAUCUGGGUCACAGCACCAACAUGGAUCCACCCAUGGCCAUUCAGGAGAAAGCUCUAGACAUUCAGGGUCUGGACAUGGACAAUCAUCAUCCCCAUCCAAGUCCAGCAGGCAUUGGGGAUCCAGUAUAAGUGAGGAAAGUGACAGCGAAGGACAAUCAGAAGGUUCAGGCAGACAACCAGUGUCAACCCAUGGAAGGCCUGGGUCCUCUUCAAGAAAACAGGACGGAUCCACCCAUGAGCAGUCAGCACACAGCUCUACGCACUCAGGAUGGCCUCAAAGCCAGGCACCCACACACGGGCAUGCUGGUUCUGCCCAUGGACAUGGAGGCUCCAGCAAAAGAGAAAUACAAGGUGGGCACCGUAAGCAAUCAAAUGACAGCUCCAGACACUCAGGGACAGGACAGGGACAAACCUCAUCUGCAUCCAGUAACAGCAGACAUCAUGGAUCCAGUACUGGGCAGGACAGUGACACUGAAGGGCAAUCACGGCCCUCAGAAAGUCAGUCGGCAUCAACCCACACAUCGUCUGGCUCCAGUAACAGAAACCACAUGGAUCCGCACGUGGCCAGUCAGGGGAAUUGCCCAGAAACUACCAGACAGCGGCCAAUGGAAAGUCUGACUCUGUCCAUGGACAUUCAGGAUCCCAGGCCACAGGAAGACAAGGAUCAAGUCACGGAGAGAUCAAGCACAAGGCAAGGAGCAGGUUCCCGCCAGGAGCACUCGGCAGACACUUCCAGACAUUCAGUGUCUGGACACGGACAACCAUCAGGGGGAUCCACAGUGGGCAGACAUGGGGGAUACAGUAUCGGUCAACACAGCGACAGCGAGGGACAGUCAGAAGAUUCACAGACACAAGCUGGGUCUGGGUCAACAAACAAUCACGGAAUCUGCCCGUUCCACUCAAGGGACAUCUCUACACACUCAGGCUCUCGUGAAGGGCACAGGGCCAAUCAUCCUCACUCUGAUGCAGCCACGGGAAGCCUGGGAUCCGGCCAGGAAGAAGAACAAGGAUCUAGGCAUGGGCAGUCACUUCAUCAAGGUCAAGCCCAAGAGGAAAGCCAGGAUCUUCCCAACAGCAGGCAGCAGACACUUCUAGACAUUCAUCAUAUGGAUAUGGACACUCAUCACGGGGAUCCGAUGUCAGCAGGCAUCAGGGAUCUCAUGGUAGUCCGGAACAUGACAGUGGGGGAGAGAGAAGAGACUUCCAGAGACAAUCUGGAUCUGGGUCACAGCACCAACAUGGAUCCACCCAUGGCCAUUCAGAAGACAGCUCUAGACAUGAUGGUCCUCAUCCUGAGCCAAGACACAAUCGUGAAGAAUUUGACCAUGUCCAUGGUGAGUCAGAACCCAAUAGGACAGUCAUCUUCUGGAUCCAUGUCCAGCAGACCUCAAGGAUCCAGUAUAAGUCAGGAAAGUGAUUUCAAAGGAUCAUUCCAUGAGCACACUACUAUUCCUUUGCAGGAUUCAGAAUAUACUUCAAGAAAUAUAUCUGGUGGCAAGCCUCACCAGUCUGGGCAUACUCAUUUUCAUUCAGUGGUUACUGAAAGACAAAGGGAAGGAACAGGUCUAGGUUGGAAACAUGGCAGCUUUGGAAGGGCAGAAUAUGACUAUGGGAAGUCAGGAUUUGGAAAGUCUCCAAAUGGAAUUGUUAGCCACAGUAUCAGCACUAUGAGAUUCAGUGACAGUUAUGAGGACAGACAAGCAGCUAGAUGUGGAGAAAAAAAUAUGGGAUCCAGUAUAAUAGGCACUAAUAGAUGCAGAGGACCUUCAGUCCACAUAAGUAAUAUUUCAAAACAACUGGGGUUUAAUCCGUCACAAAGAUACUAG